AUGGGCCAAAGUUAUAGCUAUCAAUCAUGCUAUACGGACUUGAUCCAUGGACAGCGCACGCUGGGAGCCGCUACCUUGGUCGCCAAUGACAUGACCAUCGAAAAGUGCAGCAGCUUCUGCUCCAACUACAAAUACUUCGGAGUCGAGUACGCAAAGGAAUGCUGGUGCGGCAACACCAUUCAGGAAAACCAAGUUGUCGCAGUUUCAACAGAAUGCAGUUGGCCUUGCAGCGGCUCAUCCUCUCAGACCUGCGGUGCUGCCAGCCGCAUCAGCCUCUACGAGCGUUGGUUGUACUUCCCUGCCACCCACGCGACCCUUUCCGACACACCUUAUGUUGGCUGUUUCGCCGAUGGCAACACCCGCGUGCUUCCCAGCAAGCAAUUCACCUCCGACUCCAUGACAGCAGCAGCAUGCGCUGCCAACUGCGCCGGAUACACCUACUUCGGCACACAAUGGUCGCGGGAAUGCUGGUGCGGCAAUACCCUGCCGACUGUCAGCGCUCCGGAUGCGGACUGUUCAAUGACUUGCACUGGAUCCAGCUCCGAGACCUGUGGAGGCAGCUUGAGGCUGAGCGUCUACGGACCUAAUACCAAAGCCGUAUACAAUCCUGGAAGCACUUCCAACACGGGCACUACCACAUCUCCUGCUACCGUGUCCAACUUCGCCUACCAGGGUUGCUACACCGACAAUGUACCCCAACGUGUACUAUCAGGGGCAGUCAAGUUUGAUGGCGCCAUGACCCUCGAGAUGUGUGCCUCUUUCUGCAGCUCCUCGAACUACGGAGUCUUCGGCGUCGAGUACUCUGGGGAGUGCUACUGCGGAAACUCCUUGGACGCCGCCAGCAAGAAGGUGGCCGAGACUGAGUGCACUAUGAAGUGCAUGGGUAACAACGCCGAGCUAUGCGGCGACGGAAAUCGUCUCAAUGUCUUUGCUCUUCCCUCCGGAUCCAUCACAGCUACCUCCAACCCAACUGGCAGCACAAACGGUUUCUGGUAUCAGUCAUGCUGGAACGACAACAUUAACGGCCGUUCUUUGAAGGAGAACAUCUUGUUUGCCGACGACAUGACGGUCGAGAAAUGCUCAAAUUUCUGCAAGAGUUAUCAUUACUUUGGUCUCGAGUAUGGCGGCGAGUGCUAUUGCGGCAAUACUCUCGGAGGCACGAAGGCUCCAGAGGCAGACUGCAGUCAACAUUGCAAGGGAGAUGGUACGCAGUUCUGCGGGAACGGCAACAGACUCAGUUUGUACAGCAUCAACCCGCCCGCCGGAACCUGCAACGCAAACUUCCACGGAGAUUUGACUUCAUUCUCUGUGUCGAUCGGGACCGACAACGACUUGAAGCCCUGGGUCCACGAGACGGGUGGUGCUGCCAUCUCCUACGUCACCGGGGACCAGAACGCGCUCUCGUAUCAGGCCGCAUUUGGGGCUUCGAUGAGCAGCUCCGAUAACCUUUGGCAAGCCUUCAAUGUCAUACAAGGGGCCGUAUACGAGGUCUCUGUCAGAUUCAAGGUUGGCGGCUCCCUCGGCAGCAUUUCGGCUUCUCUGCAGGUUGGGAAUCCAGGUGUCGGCCUCAGCGACGUGGCAAGCGAUACACAGAUCGUCCUCGCCAAUACUGCCAGCUCAAACGACGGUGUUUGGCAGACCAUGAAGGUGACGUUCACGCCUCGUUUCAAUGUUGCGAAAGUGUAUCUCAAGGCUUCCAUGGCUUCCGGUGCGGGCAGCUCGUCAUAUGUCGUAUGGGACAGCGUCACAUUCAAGCAAAUAUCCGCUUCGACAUACAGCGCUGCCUCUACCAACGGACAGAUGUUCGUCGACUACCGAUCGGGGGUAGUACAGUAUGCUUCCUGGGUCAGCCCGGGAACUGACGACAUAGUUGCACCCGCGGCAACAAAGCCUACGAUCAAGGAGAUGGCCACCUCCGGGUACAACAACGCCGCUGGAUCGCGCCACGUUUACAUGGGAAGCUCCAAUGAUGCACCUGCGACCGGACCAGCUUGGCGUUUGGCAGGUCUCUUGAGCGGGAACCCGACAGCGAAGUCCGUGAUGCGGACUCAUUUCAGGUCAACUAACAGCAACAACUGUUUCAUGCAGAUGCUGAGUCUCGGUCAACUUAUUGGCAUCAUGAUGCUUGAUGGCUGCCCCGGUCAGUGGCAGACAUUCGAGUCGGUUCCAUUCUAUCCUGCUGAGGAUCGUUGGUGGCAAAUGUCUAUCGAAUGCUACAAUCAGGGCCACGAUGCGUCGGCCUGGGUGGAUAGUGUCGAACUUCGCCCAUCUUCAUAA